ACCAAGAUGGCGGCGCCUCUGGAUGAGUACGAGAAAGAAGCGGGUUGCGUCCCUAUCCUGCAUCCUGAGGAAAUCAAGCCUCAAGGUCAUUAUAACCAUGGAUACAGUGAAUCUCUUGGGCGUAAAAGCCACAUUGAUGAUUAUAGCACAUGGGAUAUUGUCAAAGCUACACAGUAUGGAAUAUAUGAACGUUGUCGAGAGUUGGUGGAAGCAGGUUAUGACGUACGGCAACCCGAUAAAGAAAAUGUCACACUUCUUCACUGGGCUGCAAUAAACAACAGAUUAGACUUAGUGAAGUAUUACAUAUCGAAGGGUGCUAUUGUUGACCAGCUAGGAGGUGACCUGAACUCCACGCCACUUCACUGGGCAACAAGACAAGGUCAUUUAUCUAUGGUUGUACAGCUAAUGAAAUACGGUGCAGAUCCAUCAUUAAUUGAUGGGGAGGGAUGCAGUUGUAUUCACUUAGCGGCACAGUUUGGACAUACCUCUAUUGUUGCAUAUCUAAUAGCCAAGGGGCAGGAUGUAGAUAUGAUGGAUCAAAAUGGAAUGACUCCUUUAAUGUGGGCAGCUUACAGAACACACAGUGUGGACCCCACUCGGUUGCUGCUUACUUUUAAUGUUUCAGUGAAUCUGGGAGACAAAUAUCAUAAGAACACAGCACUACAUUGGGCAGUACUAGCGGGAAACACUACAGUGAUUAGUCUUCUUCUAGAAGCUGGCGCUAAUGUUGAUGCUCAAAAUAUCAAGGGUGAAUCACCACUUGAUUUAGCCAAACAAAGAAAAAAUGUUUGGAUGAUAAAUCAUCUACAGGAGGCAAGGCAGGCAAAAGGAUAUGACAGUCCAUCAUUUCUCAGAAAGCUCAGGGCUGAUAAGGAAUUUCGUCAGAAGGUGAUGCUAGGUACACCUUUCCUAGUUAUUUGGCUGGUUGGGUUUAUAGCAGACCUUGACAUUGAUUCUUGGCUCAUUAAAGGAUUAAUGUAUGGUGGUGUUUGGGCUAUGGUUCAGUUUCUUUCAAAAUCUUUCUUUGAUCACUCCAUGCAUAGUGCACUGCCUCUUGGAAUCUACCUAGCAACAAAAUUCUGGAUGUAUGUGACAUGGUUUUUCUGGUUUUGGAAUGAUCUAAACUUUCUGUUCAUCCACCUUCCAUUUCUUGCCAAUAGUGUUGCACUUUUCUACAAUUUUGGGAAAUCAUGGAAAUCAGACCCAGGAAUAAUUAAAGCCACAGAAGAACAAAAGAAAAAGACAAUAGUGGAACUUGCAGAGACAGGAAGUUUGGACCUCAGUAUAUUCUGCAGUACCUGCUUGAUACGGAAACCAGUGAGGUCCAAACAUUGUGGCGUAUGCAAUCGAUGUAUAGCCAAAUUUGAUCACCACUGUCCGUGGGUUGGUAACUGUGUAGGAGCAGGCAAUCAUCGAUAUUUCAUGGGAUAUCUAUUCUUUUUACUCUUCAUGAUUUGCUGGAUGAUAUAUGGAUGUAUCUCUUACUGGGGAAUUCACUGUCACACUACUUACACAACAGAUGGGUUUUGGACAUAUAUUACACAAAUAGCUACCUGUUCACCUUGGAUGUUCUGGAUGUUUCUGAACAGUGUGUUUCAUUUCAUGUGGGUAGCUGUGCUGCUAAUGUGUCAGAUGUAUCAGAUUUCUUGUUUAGGAAUUACUACAAAUGAAAGGAUGAAUGCAAGACGAUACAAGCACUUUAAAGUUACGACAACAUCUAUUGAAAGUCCAUUUAACCAUGGAUGUAUAAGAAAUAUUAUAGACUUCUUUGAAUUCAGAUGCUGUGGUCUUUUUCGCCCUGUUAUUGUGGACUGGACCAGGCAGUAUACAAUAGAGUAUGACCAAACAUCGGGAAGUGGCUACCAGCUAGUGUAACAUCCAGCUCCAGCCUGUGAGCAUAUCAUAUCUGAGUGGUGCCUGAAAAUUAGUUUCUUUUGAAUCCACAUCCCUCGAACAGUAGCAUGCUAUGAAUAGAGCUAACAGUGAAUCUGAUGGUACCUUAUCUACAUCGGGUUUAUUAAUGGAUGUAAACAAAAAAGAAAGAAAAAGGACAGAAUAAACUGCCAAUCUUGAUAAUGAAGAAGAAGAUGAAAAAGGGAUUUUAACUGUUCUUACCAUGGGAGUUAUUCACAAAGACAUAUUCACACCGUUUUUUCCUUUUACCUGCUUUCACAAUGGAGCUUGAGAUUGUUAAAAUACCAACAUACUAAAAGUCAUGCUGUGCUUAAUGUUCAACAUUUACUCCAGAUUUGAACAAUUUCAUUGGAAUUAAAGUCAAAUUUUACAAAGCAGUCAAACUUUGAGGUCACUGUAUUAUAUUUACUGUGAAGAAACUUUUGUAUAGAUUUGCUGUAGUAUUAUGUGCAUUGAAAAAACGUGCACCAAAUACUCUUGAAAAAUCAUGUGGUUUUAUUUGGGAUCCACUACAAUUAUGAAGUUGCUAAAGUAGGACACAGAAGGAUGUUGGCCACAAAACUGUUAUCUAAAUGUAAUGGCUGUUGGCUGUCAGGGUUGUCUUGUUUCUGAUACAAUGAAUUAAUUGUAAUAAACUGUGUGAAGUUGUACAUUCUGGGGAGGGGGGAAGUUCCACAAAGCAAGUACAGCUCUUCUAUCCAGUAUAAAGCCCCACUUAAAUGCAUGAUUAUACUUUAAAAAUCAGACCACACAAUAAAAUAAUAGCAUAAUAGUCUGCUAAAAGUAAAGAAAAAAAUGUAAUAUAUGCAGUCAGUAAAAUUCCGGUACUUACAUAAUGUGAACCAUUGUGCAUGAUAUAUUCUACGGUUGUCUGAGAGUUGAAAACUUAACAAGAAGUCACAUAGGUAGAACCAAAGAUGAAAAGGCAAACUCUCAAUAUUAGGAGGAAAGAAUAUGACUGUAAUUAAAUUAGAUGCAGUGGUAGGAGAAGCAAAAACGGAUUAAAGCUUAAUGGUUUUAAAACAUUAAAUGAUGGAAUUUAACUAAAAGCAAGUUAUAAUUUCUUUAUAGCACAUGAAAGUGAAAUAUGUGAGACGGUGAAGGGGAAAACACCCUUAACUUUUCUUUGUCUCAAGUUAUCAAGCCUAGAUCUGUUUGGAAGGUAAGGAGAGUGGUUGUGAAGUUGCAUUCCUGAAGAGCUUUUUGUUGCUGAAUGUGAUGCACUGAUUUUCAGUUAUGGCAUUUUUAUAUAUUUCUUAUGAAUUCUUCACUGCUUCCUUAACUAUUGUUUACAGAGAGACUUGAAAUCUGUUUCGUUCUCUUUUAAGUGCUGUAGCAACAUAGUGGUUCAAGAAUCCUGUGAGGGGGAUUUGGGGAGGGGAACCUUAAUACAGAUGAUAGAGACCAGUGUAAAGAAUGUGUAUCUGUAUAUAAAUAAUUUAUCAAAUAGUUUUUCUUGUUGUGUGUGCGUGCGCGUGUGUGUGUGUGUGUGUGUGUGUGUUAGUAUAUUUGAAAGCUGCUCAUUUCAUUUUAUCCAACCAAAAAUGUAGGAAGAUAUUUAAUAUGGGCUGUUUGAUAAUGAUCAAUUUUGCUGUUCAUAGGCACUGUACCUGCAACUUCACUGCAUGUUUGAUGCUUGGCAAAACUAGCGUUUCCUGUAAUAUGCAGAUUACAGGUAUUAAAGCAAUCUAGUGGUAUUCCCGCCCCUUGCCUUAGUAAGAGAAGCAGUGAAAUUGUAAAUAGUUGAUGUUCAGUAUUUGCAAGUAGACAUUUUUUCCUCUCGCUGUAUCUUUGAUCACGGGUGUGCAUAGUUUGCAAGUACCAGAUAUCAGGAUUUACAGAAGGGCAACAUUAGUCUAGAAUGUUAAAUACUGGAAAAAUUAAAGCCUAUCUUUGACACUAUCUGUGAGGGGAAGAGAAUGGAGUUGGAUGCAGUGGAGGCAAAAAGCCUAUGCCACUUUGACGUAUACCAUUUAAAAAUAUAAAAAGAAUAUAUUAUUCUUAUACCAUUGUUUGUAAUUUUAAUUUUGAAGCUGAAGGAGUUUGGACAACACCUUUUAUUAUUUUAACAUUAACAGCCCAAUCCUAAAUAGGCUUACCUAGAAGUAAGUCCCACUUUUUUCAGUGAGGGUUACUUGUUAGUAAGGGUAUUUAGGAUUACUUAGUAUUGCAGCCUCGGUGUAGUUGAAUCCCUUUUGGGGAAACUGUAGUUCUGCAGAAACACUUAUUUGAUGUUAAAUGCCCUGAUUUGAUGGGCUUAUUUGAUGUUAAUUUUUUUUAUAAAUACAUUUCAUAGCUCAGAAAAAUCUGUGUCACAUGCAUUUGCAUUAUUUCCAGUAAUGUAUAUCAUAUGGAGUCUUUGUGCAAAUAAUUGUAAAUUGUGUCCUUGAUAACAAAAAGUAAAUCUUCAGUUGAGCCAAAAGACGUGGUGUAAAUUUUGUUUGAAUGCACACUGCAAAACUGGCGAAGAGAAAAUAGCAUAGUGAAGUUAAAAUCAUCCAGAGGAAAGUUCUAUAUUUGAGGCAUGUAGAAUACUUCUAAUGUCAGAAAUACUAAGAUGUAUAUUCUGAAAUUGGAAUGGGGUGGGCAAAAUCUAUGCAGCAUUCUUUUUUUCUGCGAAGAAUUCUCCUAAAUGUAUCGCAGCACAACACAGCACACUGUAUGGCUGUAUGCAACCAAUCCAAAUAGAUUAGAAGUUCAACCAUCAUUAUUCUGAUACAGAAGAAGUAAAUAAAAAAAUUGUACCUGCCCUAGAUAAACUUUUUUUGCAGGUUUUAGGUUUCCCAGUACCCCCUCCAAUCAAGCUUUUGUUUUUAACAGUUAAUAUGCAUAAAAGCGCAUCACUGUUUUAAACAGAGUAUUUUUAUUUUUAUUUUAUCUUAUUUAUAAUUGUGCCAAGUAUUAUUUUACUACUGUCAAGUUAUUGAUGUAUUACAUUGUGAACAAAAUCAGUAAAAUGUUUAAUAAAAUAGCUCUCCUUACAUAAAUUAAACCUGUCAAUUUUGUAAGUUAUUAAUCAAAUAAAUACUUGUCUCCUAGA